AUGCUUCGUGAGCGAGAAGAUAAUGCAUCUCUUUUGCCCUUACUGAGUGAAGCAGUAGGACAGCAGUCUAAGUCCAACGACCACAUCAGCCCUGAAACUGCAUAUGGAACGUACCAGCGCAGGAUCGGGAUGAGACCAUCGGAGACGGUGCUGCUCAGUGACUUAAGCCUCAAUUCAGCAAAACAAUUUGAAUGUCAUUUUGACUCUGGAACUAAAAGCGGCCGCGUACUUGUGAUGAUUUUCGAUCGAAAAGGAAGAUCGACACUCAAGGAAAUGAGUCGCCAUGAAGUGCUUCAAAUGACUCAAGAAGCUGCAGAAUUGAAGGAAGAAGCCGUAUCUCACGACAUGUCGUCACCCGUAAAGGAAAAGCUGCAUCCACCAUUGUACAGGCGUAGCAGUUCAACUACUUGGAGAUUGGGCCAACAACAUCGCGCUACAAGUCAACAGGAUCUUUAUGCUCCUGUCAGUGUUCAGCAAGUUCACGCUCGUGACAUUCGCAAGAUGGAGAACGCGUUCUCAGUAACGAAUGAACCUCGCAUUAUUGUUCGAAAGCAAGCAAUCUUGAUCAGUGCUGACCCAUUGCGCGCUAUUGUACUACGGAACGUGUGCCUGAUAUACGUUCCUGACGAAGCCGACGCCCUAUUGUUGGUCUUGAAAGCAAAGUUUGCCGAAACGAUGCGUGAAGACAAUGCUCCAUUUGAGUUCAGAGCUUUGGAAGCGUUGCUGUCAACACUAUCGCGUUACUUUCAGCUACAAUAUGAGGAAUUAUCUCCUGUCGUUGUCGGAACGCUGUAUGGUCUUAUGCAAGGAGGUUUGAAUGUUCAAAAGCUCGAGAAGCUGCGCGAAUUCAAAAAUACAAUCAACGAAUUUGAGGCCCAAGUUGACGGCGUGCGUCGGGUGCUUAUGAUGUUAUUGGACAAUGAAGAGAACCUUCGUCUUCUGUUUCUGACCAAGUUGUACAACGAGCCCAACCUACUUUCAGAUCUUUGGAGUAUCGAUGCCGAAGAGAUCGAAGUGCUGAUCGAGAAUUAUUUACAAGACAUUUUCUCCACACGCACCAAGGCUGAGCUUUUGCAGCACCGUAUCUCCAAUGCUGAAAGUCUGGUGACGAUGCAGCUUGAUUCGAUGCGAAAUUACUUAUUGGGCGUCGACCUCAUUUUUUCCGUCGUCGUGAUCAGUCUCUCGAUGGGCACGUUCAUCGGUGGCGUGUUUGGUAUGAACCUUCAUUCUGGACUUGAGACUGCCAAUGGAUGGUUUCUCGGUGUUGUUAUCGUCACUAUCUUACUUUCUCUUAUCUCGACCAUUUUCGGCAUCUUAUACUUCAAAAGCAAAGGUGUCCUUCUUCAGUAA